UUAUUUUAGUGCAGCACAAGCGAAGCAGCGUCCGCGUCCGAUAUAGUCGAGUUGAGCGGAGUGUACGUACAGAGCGCGUCGAUCGUGUUUUAAAAGAUAAAAACUACCUGGUCAAAAGUGUAUUAGAAGUUGAUAUGAUGAAGAGUGAUGUGCGAUAGCGGUGAUACGGAGACGUGGGGAGAAAUUGAUAAGCCUGUUGAAAAAAAUUGGAACCCUAGGGAUCGAUCCCGCGGGGUUUGUUUCGGCCAAAGUUUCGCCGAUUGAACGGCGUUCCGAGGUGCAGCGCAGUGGUGCGUGGGGCGGGCGGUUCCCACAACGCUGACCACGAAACGAGCAACAAGUGUCUUUCUGUCACCCAUCCCUCUUCAAAUACCGGUAGAAAAUUGAAAGUUUCGUCCCGAGCGAACCUCGGAGAUUGUCGAGUUUUUUUUUGAUAUCUCGUUUUCCGUUCGUUCGCUGUGAAAUUUUAAGAGGGCAAAAUGGGAUGCGCCGUUAGCACAACCGGUGACAAAGAGGCUGCUGAGAGAUCUAAGAAAAUUGACAAAGAUCUUAGAAUCGACGGGGAACGCGCUGCCAGCGAGGUCAAACUCCUGCUACUCGGUGCCGGAGAGUCGGGUAAAUCGACCAUCGUUAAGCAGAUGAAAAUUAUCCAUGAAACUGGGUAUAGUAAGGAAGAAUGUGAGCAGUACAAAUCAGUCGUAUACAGCAAUACCAUACAAAGUCUUAUGACGAUUAUAAGAGCGAUGGGCCAACUUAGAAUCGAUUUUGCAGACCCAAACAGGGCGGAUAUCGCGAGGCAAUUCUUCACUCUGGCAUCGGCGGCAGAGGAGGGUGAGCUGACGGGGGAGCUAGUUUUAUUGAUGAAAAGAUUAUGGCAGGACGCUGGGGUACAACUUUGUUUCACACGUAGCAGAGAAUAUCAGCUAAACGACUCUGCGGCGUAUUACCUCAAUGCUCUCGAUCGUAUUGCACAACCCCACUACAUACCGACUCAGCAGGAUGUCCUCAGAACUAGAGUUAAGACCACAGGAAUUGUUGAAACACAUUUUUCGUUCAAGGGACUUCACUACAAAAUGUUCGAUGUCGGCGGACAGCGAUCGGAACGUAAAAAAUGGAUCCAUUGUUUCGAAGGCGUGACAGCGAUCAUUUUUUGUGUCGCCUUGAGCGGAUACGAUUUGGUAUUGGCGGAGGACGAGGAGAUGAAUAGAAUGAUAGAAUCAAUGAAGUUAUUCGAUUCUAUAUGUAACAGCAAAUGGUUCGUAGAGACCUCGAUAAUUUUGUUCUUGAAUAAGAAGGAUCUGUUCGAGGAAAAGAUUAACAGGAGUCCUUUGACGAUAUGCUUUCCCGAAUACAAGGGCGCUAACGUGUACGAAGAAUGCGCCGCCUAUAUUCAGAUGAAAUUCGAGAAUCUUAACAAAAGAAAAGAUAGGAAACAGAUCUACACCCACUUUACCUGCGCAACGGACACGAAUAAUAUACAAUUCGUAUUUGAUGCUGUGACUGAUGUUAUAAUUAAGAAUAACUUAAGUAACUGUGGAUUGUUGAGUUGAAUAUUAGAAUUAGUUUUGCCAACGUAGAUUGUCGAGCCUCUCAGAAUCUGAACCCGAAAACUGGUCACAUGCGGUACGUUGCGUACACCGAUCAGAUCAAUUUUUCCGGUUUAGAUUAUGCAAAACACCUCUUUCGGAUGUGCGUUGCUUGAAGAUAUUUUCCCGAUACUGUUGGUAGUUAAUUAAGUAUUAUUAUUGCAUUCCCAUCCCCAGUUACUCGUGUCGAUACUUAAUCAAAAUGAAUUACUAUCUAAAUCAUAAGUCACUCUCGACACCAUCUCUGAAAGAACACGAUAUACAUAAUACAGCGCACAGAAUCUCUGAGCACAAAUAUACAUUUUAUCCAUAACUUUAAAAAAAAAAAAACCAGCAGAAUCUGUACGUCACAAAGUUUUCCGCGUCGCUUUAGGAGCCCUUGUAAAGAUUCGAAAACCAUGAGCUACGAAUAUCUCGAAUGAAAAUUACCUCCGACAGCAAUUUCGAAACUCCGUGUCGUCCAAACUGAAACUACCGUAGUGAUUUUUCAUUUUUAUACUCUGUAUAUUAGGAAUAAAUUAGUGUUAUUAUCUAUCAAAGAUACCUAUCGUUCUAGCUGAAAUUCUACUCACAAUCAUGACAAAGUUUGAGAUUAGUUUGAUCAAAUAUCUCUGUAUAUAAUUUAUUAAGAAAUAUAAAAAGAAGAAAGGAACUUUGCGCAUUCGUUUUAAAGUUUCGAAUUUCGAAUCUAGAAUCCAGACGGACCAAUUAGUAUUAGGCUACUAAUGAAUCCCGAUUCAUAUUUUAUGGAAAGUAAAUUAGAUACUCUGGCCUACCUAGUUUACGUGUACAGUAUACCUACUUGUAUAUGUUUUUGGUAAAACAGUAUAAUUAGGUGAUAGCGAUGAUAAUUAUGUGUAUUUGUAUGUAAUAUUUGCGCUAGGAUGAAACGAUAUAUUUUCGAUGAUCAUACGAAUUGUAAAGGGCGAGUUGCCAAGCAACGUUGUAACUGUACUUUUUUUUUUCAUACGAACAGACGUAUUCGUCGAUUCCCCAUUAUCUCACGUGUUUCGAAAAUUUAGGUUCUAACGAAACAAAAUUCGGAAAGUCUCUGAAGCAUCGAUUUGCUCGUUGUUAGCUUUAUCAUUUUCAUAUAAAUAGUUUGUAAACCAUCACCGAAUUUCUGAGCCUGUUAUAUCAAUUGUAAUACGAUGUAAUCGAUUUUUUCUAGAAAUAUACAUAUACCUACUUGCUAA